ACAGUGUGAAACUGAACCAGUGACUGAGUUCAGUGGAACCGAGUGUGGACGUGAGCGAAGACAAGAGGAAGGAGUGCAGAACAGAGACAAAGAGACAGGAAGCGGCUUUUUUCUUUCUUCUCUCUCAAGUACACACAUUCAUUCAUGCAUCAGUCCUGCUCCCCUCUCCCCAGGUGGAGGAAUAGUGACGUUGGAUGCCUGACUAUCUCUUCUCAUCAUUCCCCCACCCCCCUCCAUUCGUCUCCCACUACAGCCGGAUAAGCCUACCACUAACCAGUUCCACUCGCUCUCUUACACAGCAGGGAUUUGAAGAUUGCAUCCUCACAUUUGUAAUCAGAUGUACAAGAGGAUUAUCCCAAGGUCUCCUCCAUCUUGUUCACAGCUGAGGGGCUGCUGAGACAAAAGGCGGGAGAGAAGAGGAGGCUGUGGAGGAGAGCAGAGAGGGAUCGCAAGCAGCUCAGUGAAUGGAGUGGAGUUAAAGAUAGAGAGAGAGAGGGAGGAAGGGAGAGGUCACCUGUGGAUGUGAGGAGGAGGAGGAGGAGGGGGAGGAGGGGGAAGAAGAGGAGGAGGAUGAAGGCUUUCUAAGGAACUGCACCCAUCACCCGAUUCAUCUGCAAGGGAGAGGACAGAAGGGAGGAUAGAGGCUGAGCAGCAAGUAUUUCACUGUGAAAGGGGUUCCAUGGCAGCUGCUGGGCAUCCUGUGUCGGAGCUGAACCCACUGGGGGGAGCUGUUUCCUUGGACUCUACGCUCUCUGGUCAGUCGCUCUUUGACACCUCCAAAAGCUCCACACAGGCAAUAUUACCUGCCAGGCUGGCUGGAGGACCAGGUUACACCUGCCAGGAGAAGCCAAAGGAGGCCGUCACUGAGAUCUGUAAAGAACAUUCAGCAACUCCUCCUACACAAGAAACUAACAGCAGGAGUCUGAGAACUGAACAGAAACAAAGCCUGCCUGAACACUACAUGCCCUCCCAGGAUUCAAGCCACUCUCAUAGUCUGGCUGAGCCGCUUCAACAGGAGAUAGUCGUGAACGUAAGCAAUGAACACCCUCAGGCUGACAGGACUGGGCAGAGCAUCAAGCCAGCCUCCCUGCCUGUCUACAGGAGUCACUCAGGCACUUUACCUCUGGUUAAACAGGGACUGCACCCCCUAGCUCCAGACAGUGAUACAUGUGGACUUGUUUACCAUGGAGAAGAUAAGAGUAUCUUAGAGGGUGUGAGUCACUCCAUGUUAGCCUGCAAGCAGCCCAUGCAGCUGCAACAGUGCAACAUUAUCACUACUAUGUGCAGAGGGGCCAACAGUGGAGAAGGUGGUAUACAUCAGCCUCCGAGCAGGUGUGUCUGUAUCCCGUCCCCCAGGGCAGCAGCCAAAGCGGAGGGUGUUCAAAAAAAUAGCCAUCCUCCUCCUAAAUGUGACAACGCACCCUGCUGUGGCUCUUACAUCCAGCAUGCCAAUUUUGAGGACACAUUUGCUGCCUACUGCCACCCCCAGCCCAUUCCAGCCCCCUCCCAGGUGCUGCCACGCCACAUGGAGUCAAGCUACGACAUCCAGCGUCAAGCAGCACCUCCCUUAGCGAUGAACCACCUCACCCUGCCUCGCCUCAUCUCCUCUGUCAGUGAGACGGGCCUGGAUGCUAAACACCUGCUGCGGUGCUGCAACCUCAACUGCUCUUGGAUCAGCACACUACCUGCUGGUGCUGGACCGCAAUCCCAAAAACAUUUCGGUUUAGAAGAGUGCUGCAGUAGUCCCGCUGGCCAUGUUAGAACCAUGACCCGGGACAUGAGUACUAUGACCACCCAUAAAGAGCUGAGGGAUGUUGGGGUGCAGACAGGACAGACAAUCACACCCCAUGUGUUCCCCCAGAUCUGUCUGGCAGAGGAAAACAGGAGUGAGACGUCCUGUAGCCAAACCACAAACACCGACACCGAUGGAGGCAAGAAACCAGGUGGGGCUCCCAAGUCUCCAGUGAAGGAGGUGAAGUGGGAUGCAGAAGGGAUGACAUGGGAAGUGUAUGGGGCAUCUGUUGACCCUGAGGAGCUGGGCCUGGCCAUCCAGAGACACCUGGAGCUGCAGAUCAAGGAGACGGCAAGCCAUGCGGCCAAGCUCUCUCGCCAGGACACCAACACCUCCCGGAAGAACGGGAACUGUCAGAGAAAAAGGAGCAGGGUGAUGGGUGCCAUCCGAGCCCCGGCCUGUUGUGCCCGCACCACUACAGCUGUCGACUAACUGAGCAGCUGAUUGACGGACGGACAGAACCUGAACACUGUGUUCAGUAGCCAGUAUGGCUACUCAUAGCCUCAGCCUCAAAUGUCACCCAUCUGAUCUGAAUGUCUACGGGCGGUAGAAAAGUCUGUAUACCAGAACCAAUGGAAAACCUUGAAAUGAUGAUUAGAGAUUUGUGUAAUCAUUGUGAAAUCAAAAUAAAAAAGUGCCAGACAGGAGGCUAAUGAACUAACAACAGAUUUAUAUUUCAUUAUUUGUUGUCCUAUUGUAAAUAUGAUUCCUUCAGCUGUGCACUGCCAGUGUUUUCAGAGGGCCACUACACACACGUAUGUCUUCAAAAUAAAGUGCUUACAGGACAGAGAGACCAUGAAACAACACCUGUAUAGUGGAAGGCAAUCUGAUGCAACAGUUGUGCAAUAAAUACUACACCUGUACUGCUUAUAAUGAAUGUGAGGAAUGGGGAAUGAAAUUUAAUUUAAUACAGAGACCUACCUAACCCUUACCUUUGACCAGUGGCUUUCUGUAAUCCUAACUGUCUCAGGUCAACCCCUACAAGUUUUUUCUCCCUCUCCUCCCUCUCUCCCCUGGUUGCGGUGUUCCCCCUCCUAUCUGACUGGGCUGUGACAUGGAUUUGUGAUAUUGGAUGCCUGGCAAGAAGAGCCACUGACAAUAUCUUACCUAACCCUCAUCCCUCACGUCCUAGUCUACACCUUCAGAAAUGACCAUAGAGUCAAAUCAACACCUCUCUUAAAGUUACAACCAAAACUUGAGCAGCACACACAUGCACACACUGACAAAUGAAAAUGAGUAUCAUUAGAAUAUUAUAGAAAAAGUAAAAGUAGCGUACAAAUGAACUUACAGUACACUAACAGUAUAUGCUAAAACAACAAGAUAGAUUGAUCAUGUCCUCUGAAAGGGAGUUCCAUACCUCAUGGCCAAUUUAAUGCUCCACAUCUUUUAUGUGUUUGGGGAAUUUGGACUAUAUGGAAACAGUCUUUUACUGAGCACAGAUAUAAUUAGGUACUUCAAUGUGAUUGACCUGUUUAGCCUACCUGUGUUUUCAUAAACAUGGUUUAAGCUCUUGAGUUUGCAGUUUCAGUAUAUCUUUCUUU